AGGAUGAACUUCCAUGAAAUGGGGUACAGGCUCUCGUUCCCCGAGGAUGAAUUUGAAUGAGUUUAGUUUAUGACAAAACACCUGGUUCCAUUACCAUCAGUUUCAACUGUUCUCUACUUUAUGCUUCACAUAAUUAGGGCGUGUCAACAUGCUUUCGCACUGAACAAAGAUUCCUAACAUUUCUAAACAUCAUCCGGCUAAACAUUAACAAACAGCAUUGUCAUUCUGACAUUGUUAGCACGCUAAAAUUAGCGUUUAGUAUCACUGUGUCUCACAGAGCUGCCUCCAAUUCCCCAGAUUCCUAUUGAAAAUACUGCUUCGGGGCAAAGAAAUUGAUGCAAGCUCAAGAGUGACAUUUGGAAUUUGAUUGCUGCUCACCACUUCAGGACAAACAUGGGCCUCUACAUCAGCACCAACUGGUGUUCAAGUUCAGUGGACAAGGCAUUGAGAUCGUUCUGCAGAGUGAGGUACCUGAUGAGCCUUCUCAGAAAGUACCCCUGUACGGCAAAAGCGACACUUGGCUUGGACCCCCGCAGAUACUACAGAUACUACCUGCUAUCUCCUCUUCACGUGCCCAGAUUUACAAGAAAAUGCUUAUUUAACAAUUUAAACCACAGUGCUGCAGGCUCUGCUUACAACCACUUCCUCUGGUAUUAUACCAAAGAACCGAAUCGUCUCCAGGCGGUGCGUCUUUACUCUUCCUCCAAUAGGAGUACAUUAAAACCUGACGCUCCGAUUGGGAUCUUCAAGGAGGCUCCGAACGGUUUCCUUUCAAGAUCACUGUGUCACGGUUUGGUCUCUCUUCCUGUGUUAUUUUGUAGUUUUCAUGUCUCUUGUGUUCCUGGGUAACUUCCCUUCCUGCCUUGUCCUGUGAUUGCCUGAUUGAUCCCACCUGUGUCCAAUCACCUGCACCUCCCUUGUGUAUUUAAGCCCUGUGUGCCUGUUGUCCAGUGUCGUGUCAUUGUCUAUAUGUCCCACGCUGUUGGAGCACGUUAUCAGUUUUGUCUGGAAUAAAGAGCACUCUUUUUGAUCGAGAACCUCUGCUUUUGAGUCCUGCUUCCGCCUGCUCCAGCACCGACCCUGACACACUGGCAGGGCCUCUCGGUCAAUCCUUUAACAGAAUGGCCAGACACAAUAACAUGUAUUUCAAGAGAAAGUAUGUUUCUCUAAUUGUAAAUGAGGGCCUUGUUGUCAUAACUACAGAAAGUCUUGGCAGGUCACAGAGGCGCAGCCAAAGCCAGACCGCAGCCAGAGAGCGGAAUGAAUCAGAGAAAGAUACAAUGCAGACCUUGAAAAGCAAAGACAAACGGAAUAGCUCGGGGAUCCCUCAUUCCACACAAGACAAUCGUGGACUGCAACUAUUUCACAUCAGCUCUCUGGCGACAACUUUUGGAGAGAGCUACAGUUAUGUUGCCGGUCACAUUAAUUCGGUCUUCUCUCGCAGCUUCAUGGACGUUCAAAAGGAGGAGCGUGUGAACAGCAUCUCUCCCACAAGAGGGCACACCAGAAGGCUGAAGAAGAGACAAAUACCAAACACUUACAUCAUCAAGUCUAAAGAAGAUGAAUUGUCUGAAGCCAAAUCUGCCGCCGAUCAGCCAAAAUUGGAAACUAACCACACCUCCAGCAGCUGGAAGGAGGGCUACCUACAUUUUGCAAUGCACAUCAAUAAAUACUUUGGGGCCAAUGUUGCCAAAGAAGUGGUACAAGAUCAGAAAAGGAGAGAGCGGAUUCCCGUGGAAAUGAAUGACACCUCACAAGCCAGAGGAGCCAUGUCGCAAAUGAAGCAAGACGAACAUAUCAUCCAUAAAACAGGAGGUCUUUUCCACAGCAGCUGCAGUACCAACAUUGGAGAUAACUAUUCCCAAAUGGCCGGCCACAUCAAUCAGUAUUUCAAGGGCCAGAGUGGAUCGGAUGAAGACAGUGAUCGAAAUCUCUUUUUAAAAGCGCCGGAUCCUGGAUUUGCUAGCUCAGAGAGACUUAAGGCCGUGACCUUUAUGGACUGCCUUUACAACCCGACCAGGGCCAUCCCUGACUUGCUGAGUGCUUAUCUGAACAUGGGCUCCUUCACUCAGACUCGGAUGCCUGCCGUCACUUCACCAGAGACAAUACUGACUAAAAAGCUGGUAUUGAGUCGGAGGGACGCAGAGGACAUGACACGUGGGUUGAUCGGCGCUCUGUCACAGGCUCUGCCUCCAGAAGCCCUGGCUUCCUGCGUGGAGGUGCUCAAUGAACACCUCAUCCGUUACCCAUCAUGCAAAGCUUUAAUGUGGCAGGAGAGAACUGCCGUCACAUUGUUGAGGAAGCGUCGGACCCACAGAGACAACCAGGCACUUCAGGACGCGCUACGGGAAAGCUUGGCUCUAAUUGGCUAUGUGGAUCCAGUCAAAGGUUCUGGUAUAAGAGUGCUCUCAAUUGACGGUGGUGGCACAAGAGGUGUGGUGCCUUUGCAGGUAUUAAAGCUACUGGAAGCUCAGACAGGCAGGAGGAUCCAUCAGCUCUUUGACUACAUCUGUGGAGUGAGCACGGGCGCUGUUCUGGCCUUCAUGCUGGGUCUUGCCCAGUUUUCUCUAGAGGAGUGUGCUGACAUGUACCGUCGUUUUGGCGCCGAGGUGUUUCGGCAGAACCCGCUGGUCGGCACGAUGAAGAUGGGCUGGAGUCACUCUUACUAUAACACAGAGACCUGGGAGGCAAUACUACGUGAAAAGCUGGGAAAUCGGGUACUUAUCAAAACCGCCGGAGAUGAGUCGACCCCCAAGGUUUCAGCCGUCAGCGCUGUGGUAAACUGGGGAACCAGUCCAAAGGCCUUUGUCUUCCGCAACUACAACCACAAACCAGGCUCUCUGAGUCGCUAUGCAGGAGGCUCCCUUUGUGAAAUGUGGCAGGCAGUGCGAGCAUCAUCAGCCGCCCCAGGAUACUUCCAGGAGUUCCCUUUACAAAGUGACAUUCACCAGGACGGAGGAAUCAUCUUGAACAAUCCCUGUGCCUUGGCUGUACACGAGAGCCGUCUGUUGUGGCCCAACCAGCCUUUCCAAUGCGUGCUGUCUCUCGGCACCGGUCGCUAUGACAACGCCAAGAGGGGACCUGCCACCUCCACCAGCCUGAGGGCCAAAAUCAGCAACUUGAUCAGCAGUGCUACCGACACUGAAGGGGUGCACACCCUCUUGGACGAUCUGCUGGCCCCGGACGUGUACUUCCGCUUCAACCCCACGUUGAGCGCACUGGUGUCCCUGGAUGAGAGCAGGCCGCGGGCCAUGGACCAGCUGCAGAGAGACACCCAGGACUACCUCGAGAGGAACCAGACCAAAGUGGCUAGGCUCUGUUUGGUGCUCGGGGCAGAACGCUCGGCGGCGAGCAGAACUAAGGACUGGAUGAGCGAGCGGGCCUGGGAGAUGAAGCAGAGAUGGGUGUGAGUGCGGUGCGGUAAGUGAUGAGGUCCAGGUGUGUCUCCUGAUCUCGCUUGGAGUGGGUGGAAGCCUUCUGGCUGGAACGUACACUCCCUCCACUAUUCUGCCCUUUACAUUUUUUCAAUACUGGUUCAAUAACUAUCGACAUUCCCAUUAGCCUAUCUUUUAUUUUAAGUCUAUUGAUAAUUAGCAAAUGUUGUUUCGCUAAACACGGGGAACAUGGUGAACACUAGCUGGCCAGCAAAGGCAUAUUGCUAUUACUAAGUUAGCAUGAUGCUUAAACGCAACUCAAAGUAAAUGAUUAAAUAUACUAUGGGUUAGGGUUGAAAUGGUGUAUUCAUGCCUCAAGCCGUUUCUAUGUGCCGCAGGGAUUGUGAGUCGGGACGCAUCUAUAUAUGAUCCUAGUUAUCUUUGUUUAUUGCAGUUUUCUGUCUUUGGCUUCUUUUGUUGUGAAACUUUGGCCCCUCGCCAAAAAUGUAUGAUGUGAAGCGUUUGCAGCGAAUUCCAUAAUUAAAAAGCAGGCUACUUGGAUGAGUUUCAUUAGGUUAUAGCCUUAAUGACAACAAUAUGAUUUUGUAAACAUGCCUAAUUUGUCAUGCACUUUAUUAAAUGUGUAAUGUGACAGAAUGUCUUAUCUGAUUGUUACUAUUAAUGUUACCCUUCUCAGUGUUGAUGAAUGUGAUAUCAACUAAAAUAAGCUAUAUAUUAUUCUUUCCUGUGACAUCACACAUUAAGUUGUAUUUGCAUUGUGAAAUAGGGGAUUGUAUCAUUGUGU